AUGACCUCCCCCCAAACUCAAAUCCUCCUCCUCGGCGCCGGCGAACUAGGAAAAGCCUUCCUCCCUUACCUCUCCGCCCUCCCCGACACCCACAUCACAGUCGGCAUCCGCUCCCCAUCCAAAUACACUCACCUACAAUCCCCCAACAUCUCCCUCACAGCCAUCGACCUAUCCUCCCCCUCUCUCUCGCUCGCCAAAACCUUCUCCGCAUACGACAUCCUUAUCUCCGCGACAGGCUUCGGCGCCGACCCCAGCACAGUCCUCAAACUCGCUAAGGAAGCCCUAUUGGCUGGCAAAAUCAGAAAAAAGCAGGGCAAAGGGAAAUUUUGGUUCUUUCCCUGGCAGUGGGGGGUUGAUUACGAUGUCAUUGGUGAUGGAGAGGGGAUGAUGCCGUUGUUCGGUGCGCAGCGCGAUGUGAGGAAUUUGUUGAGGGAGAGGGCUGGAGCGAGUAAUGUCAAGUGGACGGUCGUUAGUACGGGGAUUUUCAUGUCGUUCCUUUUCGAACAGUUUUGGGGGGUCGUGGAUAGGAGUAAAGAGGAGGAAGGGAAAGUGGUGGUGAGGUGUUUGAGGGAUUGGGACCACAAGGUUACUGUGACGGAUGUGAAUGAUAUUGGACGGGUGUUGGCGAGGGUCAUAGCGGGGGAUGUGGAAGCCGGGGACCGUGUAUUGUAUAUUGCGGGUGAUACGAUUAGUUACGAGCAGCUGGCUGAUCUUGUCAAGCGGGUGAGCGGGAAGCAGGUUGAGCAGGAGACGUGGAGUAUUGAGCACUUGAAGAAGGAGCUUGAGUCAGCGCCAGAAGACGGUAUCAAGAAGUACAGGCUGGUUUUCGCUAGGGAUGGUGUGUGGUGGAGUAUGGACAGGACGGUGAAUAACGAGCUGAGCGUGGACAUGAUGGAUGUUGAAACGUUUGCCAGAAGUCUAUUCAAUAGAUAG